AUGUCACGAGAUCGUCUCCCACCUCGUACAACGUCGAGUACAUACUAUGGUGCCCACCCUUCCCAACCUCGCCCUUCAUACCACCCUGACGACGCCGCGUCGUCCUAUAGCGGCGCAGUCCGCAACCGGAGUCCGCCCAGAUCUGCGGCGAAUCAACCGCUCGGACGCCAACAGGAUCACACAUUCCCACCGCAGGAACCUCUUGCCCCACCCUCACGAAGACCUACCUUGGCGCAAAUGAACUCGUACCAAGACCCUUACUACCAAACCCCUGCACCUGAGCCCACGAACCAUAGCGCGAUCGAGCUUACAGAUCCGUAUUACUACCACAUGGAACGCGACAUGGACGAUGGCGAUCAGGCGCGCUCGACGCACCCUCACUCGACUUACCCCGCUUCGAGCGUCUACCAGGACCCUACGUUCGCGCAGACGAAUUCGCAUACGGCGUUGAACCUCCAGUCCGAAAAGGACGGCUUCUACCCGCAUUCGUACCCUUCGCCACAACUGUUUCAGCAACAAGCCCUCCCUCCGCCUUCACCCAACCCAGGAGGAUUCCGUCACGUGCCCUGGCAGGCCCCGGCCCCUGUCGGACCAACCUAUGUCCCCGCGACGCAUUACAUCCCCGGCGCAGGUGGUGUCUUGGGUAACUACCACAACAAUGGAGGUGGGGCUUUCCAGCAGGAGAGGAUGAAGGUCAUGCAGAGGCGUGGUAGGAAAAAAGUGAGUUCGCUCUUACCCUGGCUCCCUUUCUUUCGGCCUCCGAGCCGGCCGCUCGUCAACCGGAGUCGAGACUGAUGAUGGGGUGUCUGUGGUGGGGUGUCUGUACGACAGAUCGCGUUGGUCGAUGGUCAUCUCGUGAUGGACUUGCCCGUGCCGAGGUCGAUCCAGCAAUUCAACAAGUACCGCGGUGAAGACAUGAAUCAGGAAUCGGGCAAGAUGCGGUACACGGCCGUCACCGAUGAUCCCGACGACUUUACGCGCCAACGGUACAGGUUGCGACAGGUGCAGUACGGACGACAGACGGAGCUGUUCAUCUGUUUGACCAUGUACAACGAAGACGAAGAACUCUUCUGUCGUACCUUUACCGCCGUGAUCAAGAACAUCCAGAUGCUGCAGGAACGCCAAAAGUCCAAAACGUGGGGAUCGCAGUCGUGGAAAAAGAUCGUCGUCUGCAUCGUUUCGGACGGUCGGGCCAAGAUCAAUCCUCGCACGCUCAAGAUCUUGGGACUGUACGGUUGCUUCCAAGAUGGUAUUGCCAAGGACACGGUCGACAAGAAGGAUGUCGAGGCCCACCUCUUCGAGUACACGACCCAGGUCGUCGUCGACAAGGAAGGCAAGGUCUCGGGUGGGAUCUCGCCGAUUCAAAUCCUGUUUUGCCUCAAGGAGCAGAACAAGAAGAAGCUCAAUUCGCAUCGAUGGGCCUUCAACGCCUUUUGUCACCAGCUACGACCCAACGUCUGCGUCUUGCUCGAUGUCGGUACGCGCCCUGGUGGCUCGUCGAUCUACCACUUGUGGAAGGAGUUUGACAAGCACUCCGGGAUCGGUGGCGCUUGCGGAGAGAUUACCGUCGACACGGGACGAGGCUGCAGCAACUUGCUCAACCCCCUCGUCGCAGCGCAGAACUUUGAGUACAAAAUGUCCAACAUCCUCGACAAACCGCUCGAAUCGGUCUUUGGUUUCAUCUCGGUCUUGCCCGGCGCCUUUUCGGCCUAUCGCUACAAAGCUCUCCUCGGCGAACCUCUGCGCGUCUACUUUUUGGGGGAAAAGAUGCACGCUCCGGGCAACGUCGCGUCGCUCUCGGACUCCAACAUGUACCUCGCCGAAGAUCGUCUGCUGUGCAUGGAAAUCACGUGCAAGAAGAACGAGGCGUGGACGCUCAAGUACGUCAAAUCCGCCAAGGCCUCGACCGACACGCCCAACACGUUGCCCGAAUUCUUGGGCCAACGUCGACGAUGGCUCAACGGCGCGUUUUUCGCUUCGUUGCAUUCGUCGCUCCAUUAUUACCGCGUUUGGACCUCGGGGCAAGGAUUCUUCAGGAAGUUGUGGCUCAGCGUCAUCUACCUGUACAACUUUAUUCAGCUGUUGUUCCAGACGAUCGGGCUCAGUUCCUUUUACCUCGCCUUCUUCUUCAUCUGCAAUUCGGCGACGAGCGAUCCGGCGCAUGAUGGCUUUGGAGGCUAUGGAACGGAUGUCAUCUCGGUCGCCAACUCGGUUUACAUCGCUACGCUUGGGAUCACGAGUAGGUUUUUUGAACGGGAGUGCGCAGCGUCGGUUGAGAAAAUCGGAAAUGCUGACGUUCUCGAUCCUCCUGCAGUCGUUUGCGCACUUGGAAAUAAACCUGCGGGUUCGAAAUGGUUGUAUGUGGCGGUGAUGACGUCGUUCGCGGCUUUAUUCGGGAGUAAGUGCGCGGAAGCAAGUCCACCUCGAAAGCUCCAGUGCUGACCCGAUGCGGUCUUUCUUUCGGUCACAGUCGCGUUGUAUUGUACCGCAUGGACGAUCUACCUCUCUGUACCGCAUACCCUGGGCGGAUGGAAGAAUAUUGACGCGCUCUUGCAGCAGAGUGGCUUCCGAGUAGGUUUGACUUCUUUGCCCCCCCCCCCCCCCCCCCCCCCCCCCCCCCCGGGGCUGAGGACUGGCGGCUGACGGCUGCGGAGUUCACCCUGCGCAGAACAUUGUCAUCUCCCUCGCGGCGACGUAUGGCAUGUACUUGAUCAGUUCGAUCUUACAUUAUGACCCUUGGCAUCUGUUUACUUGUUUCCUCCAAUAGUGAGUUCCCUUCGUCUCCGUGGCCUUUCGCAUGAACACUUGCUGAUGUCGAUCUGCACUUUCGGUGCGCAGCAUGUUCUUGUUACCGUCCUUUAUCAGCGUCCUUACCAUUUAUUCUUUCGCGAAUCUGCAUGAUGUGAGUUCAUUUAUUAAACAAGAGUAGGCGCUAUGACUGACCUCAACUCCCCUCGCUCCUGUAGCUUGCAUGGGGCACCAAAGGCUCGACCGUGAUCAAGGAUCUCGGACACGCCGCCAAGACCAAAGACAAGGACGGGCAAGACAUUGUCGAGGUCGAUAUCCCGACCGCGCCCGACGACAUCGACACGUUGUGGAUCCAAAUGCGUAAAGAGAUGUCGCAACCGGUGAUCGAAACGCACACCAAACGAACGAUCGAUCAAAAGCAAGCCGAUCGAUUCGCCGUAUUGAGGACCAACGUCUUGCUCUCCUACCUAGGGAUCAAUCUCGCUUUGGUGAUCGGGUUCACCUCGAAAUUCUGGACCGAGUUCUUGGCCAAAGAGUCCAAGAAUGGGGUCGUGAUCAAUUAUUACAUGGUCGGCAUCUUUUGGGCCGUCGCGGCGCUGUCGGCGUUUAGGUUGAUCGGCUCGACGCUGUAUUUGGUGUUGAGGAUGGUUGGGUUCUGA